AGAUUCAACUCCAAGAAAAAAAAGGUAAAAAAUAAAAAAAAAGAAACAUUUUUGGCUUAAAAGCUGCCUUACAGAUCUUUUUCCGUCAACCCAGCACUGAUUUUACUUCUAUAAUUGCUGAAGGGAGGCACGUGAAGAAGAGCAUAAUUGCCAGAGCUUUGGGUAUUCCCUUCGCCGUUCAAAGGGAUUUGGGGCAAAGGAUCCAGGACCCAUUUCUCAUUGCACCAAAUAAGGUAAUUCCAGCUCAAGUUUUGCUGUCUUUGAACUUCAAAUCUGGAUAUUUGAACUGGCAAAAGCUUUGGGUAUUUCAUAUUCGCUUCCAAGGCUAUUGGGUUUUGAUGGGUUCUUGGUCUUGAGAUUUAUUUAGUUGCUGUGAGCUGUUCUUUCCGAAAAAGUUUUGAUUUUUUUGUUUGUUUUGCAAGAUAUUUUGAGCUUUUUGGGUGUAGAUCAAGUGCUUGAUUCCUAGUUAUCGUUACACGAGAUUGGAAGAAAAAGAUAUUUCUUGGCCAGGGUCUGUGGGUGCUUAUGAUUGGAGAUGUAUCUGUAAGAGUUUAAUUAUUAGAAAUUUUUUUUUGUGUUUUUGAAUAUCUAUUGAGGUGGAGCCAGUGAUCUUGGUAAAUUACAUGAGAGUCUAUUCAAGUGUGAUGGGUACUUGAAAGAGCAUUUGUUUGCUAGUUCGAGUAGAAGACAGAAAUAGUGUUGCUUGGAAUUGGCUGCAUAAUUUGCAUCAAUUUGAGCAUAGGCUGAGUUGCCUUUGGUUGAGGAUAUCCUUUCCUCUUGCCUAAUGUGAUUUUGGUAUGCUUUGAGGAGUUUUGCUUAAGGGGAUUUAGUAGAAAGGGAGUGGAAGUGAUCGUUUUGAACUCCAUUUUGGUGGUAAAACUGCUAUUAGAUACUUAUUGAAAGAAAGUUUAUUGGUUAAUUACGUUGCCAAGUGAUUUGUUGUGAUGGCUUCAAUUAGAAGAACAUUGUCCCCUGUGCCUAGGCCGGGAAGUCCUAUGAACGGGGAAGCAUGCACGGUUGCUUCUUCUCCGUUGUCCAAGUCAUCGUUGAGUAAUCAAAAUCACGCACCCCCUAGUGCGCUGUUGCCAUCUUCGAUUGGUUCGUUGGAUUAUGCAUUGUACAAAGCCCAGAAUUUCGUGCUUGGUCUUCUCUCGCAUAGAUCUUCGAGGCCCUUGGAAAGGUCAAAGUUAAGGGGACAAAUUUGGAGGAGAUCUCUUCUGCAUUACUUCUUAUGCUUCGUUGUUGGGGUCUUUAUUGGCUUUACCCCGUUUCUUUCUCUGAAUUUGUCCGUGAACCAUGUAUCCAAGCAUCAAGCUUUCUCUUUCGAAAACCUCCAAAUGGAUGAUGGCAGGAUCAGUAAUUUGACAUCGAGAGUCGAGAAUCCAGUGGCUGUGGAUAAUUCUACAGUGGAAUCACACGAAGAAAAUAGUAAGGUGAUAGGUGGAAUCGACAGUGAUGUCCAUUUUAACCAAUCGAUAGACCAAGAUCUGGCAAUGGACUUCCAUAAACUUUUAAUCGUUGUGACCCCAAUAGAGCCUCGUCCGUUUCAAGCAUAUUACCUGAAUCGUCUAGCACAUACAUUGAAAUUGGUCCCGCCUCCUUUGUUGUGGAUAGUUGUGGAAAUGACCUCUCAAUCUGCGGAAACAGCUGAUACGUUGAGGAGAACUGGAGUUAUGUACAGGCAUCUGGUAUGCAGUAAGAACUUAACGGAAGUAAAAGACCGAAGUGUACACAUGAGGAAUGUGGCACUCUCCCACAUAGAGACACACCAUCUUGAUGGGAUUGUUUACUUUGCAGAUGAUGAUAAGACAUAUUCUCUUGACCUCUUCGAGCAAAUGAGAGAGAUCAGGCGAUUUGGGACAUGGGCAAUGCCAAGAAUGGCGGAAAAUAACAGGCAUGUUAUCUUGGAAGGUCCUAUCUGCAAAGGUUCGCAGGUCUUAGGGUGGCACACAAAUGAUAGGAAGAAGCGAUUACGGAGAUUCCAAGCAGAAAUGUCAGGAUUUGCCUUUAAUAGUACUAUUCUUUGGGAUCCUAAGCGGUGGCAUAGACCUACACUCGAACCUAUUAGACAGAUUGAUACUGUGAAAGACGGUUUCCAAGCAACCGCAUUUAUUGAACAAAUAGUGGAAGACGAAAGCCAAAUGGAGGGCAUUCCAAAGAAUUGUUCGAGGAUCAUGGUUUGGCAAUUCGACACGGAAUUUUUGCAACCCUACACUUUCAUAAAGAACCAUUCCAGCAUUAUAACUUCCCUCUUCGUAUGACGGUCUGUUGUACGCUGCUACUAUCAAAAGUGCGAAGUUGCAGGGAUGCGUAGUAAACUGGUGAAAGCAUAUCCUAUUCGGGUUUUUCUUGCGUAGUGUACUAGCUUCCCAUCAUAGUGCCAUAGAGAUUCUCACAAUACGAUUCUCCUCCAUCUUCCCCUCUCAUCGGGGCAGCCAUUGAUGAGUACUUGUCCAUUCUACUUUGCCGGGCUACUAACUUGCAAAGAAGCAAAGGUGUAUCCACACGGCGUAUAGAGGCGUAGAACAGAUUGCUGAUGAGGUUCAUCAACUCCAAGUCCAAGACACAAUUGCGAAUAUUCAACCAAGUAAUUUCUUUCGGCUGAACUUUUAUCGCGAGUCUUCCCUUUUUUUUUUUUUUUUUUUUUUGGUGAACUGAAGAAUUAUAUAUUCUACUUUCUUGGACUGCAAUUUGUUACACAUUUGCAUUCUUGCUGGUAGUAUGGUACUAUCUGUAAAUUUUUUUUGUUAGAUGGUUAUGGAUUGAGCUAUUUAGGUAUUACUAUUGUCACAAAGCGGGUUUCACCCAAAGUUCACAUUUUGGGUAGCAAUUGCAGACUUCCCGUAAAUCAAAGGGUAUAAGUACAGUUGUUUGGUAGAUAUCUUUUGUUCCUAUGAUGAAUCAUUUUUCCAUUAAUGAAGCCUUGGACUAUGAUUUCAUCCAUUUAUCUAGAUGGGAAAUUU